AUGAAUUUGAAAUAUUUCAGAUUUUUUCCUCCAGAAGCUACAGAUGAAAUUCUUUCUCGAGUCCUCCCUCUUUUCAAUGCCAAUUCUGCUGGGGAUGCAUUCACAGUACAAGCUUAUCUCGUUCGAUUCCUUCCAACUGCGCCGUCUUCAAAGUCAUCUCCUUCUAAAUGGUUACCUACUAUAUUUUCAUUUUGGUACCUUAUCCCAGGAUCAUUGAUGUAUCAAAUAGAGUUUAUAGAUCUCGUUGCUCGUGUUGCUGAAGAUAAUGUUGGUGUUGAAGUUAAUAAUCCAGACCAGAUAGGUAUUUUUACUCAAGCACAAGUUAAAACCGUAUUUGCAACUGGUCAAAAAAUGAUGGAUCUACCAAACAGGCAGCGCUAUGCUCUUAAAGAAAAAGGGGAACACAAGCCGGAAUGUAAAACUUCCGAAUCACGGCGUUUGACACCCGACCUUAAACGACAAUUUGUUCUUAUUCUUAGAGGAGUUACUUUCUUGUCAAUGUUUGGCAAGGACCCGUUAUCCGUUGGAUCAAGUCAAGCUGCAUUAAAAUAUUUAGCUUGUUACGCAUUAAAUUUUUUUGCAGGGUUAGAACCUUCGUUAAUAUUUCCGGGGUUGUUAGGACGUGUUUAUCCAUCCUUAGAAACUCUAACUGAGGUAGCUCUUUCGCUUCUUGCAAUUCCACUUUUUUCUCGCGCCCAUUAUCCUGCCGGUGGAAAACAUCUUGCCCCGCUUCUUCAUUUAACAAUCCCCGGGAUUGACAUGAAUGAUCCAAUAAAAACAAUUUCGUCUCUUAUUUUUCUUACACACGCCGUAAUGGGCGUUCCUUUAAGAGAUUUGACUGAAGGUAGUAGUAUAACAGAGUCUGAAUUCAGAUGGGAGGGAAUGGACAUUGAUGAAAGAGAAGAAGAUCGAAUGGAAACUAACGUCGAAGAAGAAGAUGCCUUGUGUAAAGCUAGUACUGCAGUAUUUGAGGAAUGGCUUGCAAAAUUUUUAAGACAACGUGGCAAGAUGAGUAUGCAAAGCAUGGAAACUGGAUUAGUUACUGUGUUACUGCAUGCUUGUGAAAUUGUUGGUACACAAAUGUCUGAACAACUUCAGGAUAUGGCUUUAAAAAUGUUUAUCCCUCUUUGCCGCACAAAUAUUAUCAUUGAGCUUCAACAUGGUGCAUCAUCUACUCCCACUACCUCUCCAACACAUCAUAUACAGUCGGAUGCUACACUCCAUUGGUAUCAAUGUAUUCUGUAUCAUGUUAUCAUGCUAAGCGGAUCUGAACUGCUUCGUCAUAAAAAUGACUUGUUGUAUUUGGCAAAAGAAAUGGUGCAAAAGUGUCGUUCUCGGAAAGGAUAUAUGUGGACUGGAAAAUUUAUAAGAAUGAUGCUAGUCGCACUGACACAAAUUUAUCCUUUAGAAUGUCGGAGUGUUGACAAAGAACGAUGGAAUUCUGAAGAAUAUCAGAAAAACCAACACAAACAUUGGGUUCAGCCAGGCGACCCAGAAAAUAUAAAUGUUGAUUGGCAUGUUCCUUCUAACCCUGAAUUGGAUUUCGCAAUGGAAAUUUUGGAAAUAUUUUUAUUACCGACUUUAAAAAGAAUUCAGGAUUUAAUGAAUAGUGGAACGGAUGAGGAAGGGAAAGUAUUGAGCAAUCGAGAAAUGACACAUGAGUUUUGUCGUCGUUUGAGUAUAGUUCGAAAUUGCGUUGGAGGAAUGACUACACUUGUCGAGGAUGACGAUUGUGAGACUGAAGCUGUUCUUCCGAUAAAAAGUAUUCCAGUGGGUUAUUGUUUUUUAGAUCCGAAUGAUCCACGUAGACAGACUGCAAGACGAUUGCGGAAAGAAUUAGAAAAAUCAAAGUACGAUGCAAGUAAAAGAGGUUAUCAAUAUGCUAAAGGCAUGUUGAAAACUUCUAACCAUGACAAAAAAUAUCCACCUUCUCCAGAAAUGGCAGAAUUUGCAGCAAAAGGUCUUGUUUCUGAGCUUCCUGCACUGAGGCGCAUUGCUAUUUCUACAACUACCCGAAUAUUAUUUCAUAUUAAACAACGAACACUUACCAAUGGUGACUUAGAGUUAAUAGCAUUAGAAAAAGCUAAUAAUCCUUUAAAAAAGACCAUCACAAUACCUAGACCUUUACCAGAAGGAUAUACUAAUGAAUAUUUAACAACAUGUUUGACUAAAUUAUCUUCUCAAGCCGCAUUCAACAAGUUUCUUGAAAGAUUUAAUUCAUCAACUUUUUGGUCAUCCUUAUUAUCUUAUCUAUCACAAGAAUUUGUUCGCGAUAGAGAAGAUAACUUCUCGAUGAUCAAUGCACAUUUAUUUAAAAGCAUUUUUCAAAUGUAUGAAGACACUUUCCUGGAAGUCGCUAAGCCAGAAAUUGCAAAGUUAUGCGAAUCCGCGGAGAAAAAUCAGCAGCGUGCAGCAUCAGAAAUUUUAGCGGAUCCUAGACGAGUACUUCCACUUAUUAACUUAGUUUUAGACUCAAAACUUGAUCCUACUUCUCAUGCUUCUUUUGCAGAGGCCAAAAAGCUCUUUUUCGUAAAUACUCUCAUUAAUACUUUUUCAUGGCGUGUUAUACCAAGAUCACAGUCAUUAUUCGAUAUAUAUUUUUCGAACAUUCGUCAUCCUUAUAAGCAAGUACGCGAUGUUAUGGCAGCUAAUAUCAAUGUAUUGUUACAAAUGCAAUGGCAUCCUUCUGCAUCAAGCGUUUCGGAAAUAAUCGAAUUUAAUUGCAAGACUGGCGAAGGAGUCGGAUAUGUACCAGUUACUUUGGCUGGCAAUUUAAAUAACACAAUAACAGAGUUAGUACAAUCAUUAACAACUUGGCAAGCAGAAAGAAAACCUACAGCAGCAGGCUCAUCAGAAUACGGGAACGCUA